AUGUCUGGUAUUCUACUGUCUGGAAUCCUAUUGUCUGCACUGUCUGGAGUCCUACUGUCUGGAGUCCUAUUAUCAGGAGCCUAUACUUUCUGGUAUUUUACUUUCUGGGGUCCACUGUCUAGAGCUCUACUGUCUGGGAAUCCUACUGUCUGGAGUCCUGCUGUCUGGAGUCCUAAUUUUCGGAGUCCUACUGUCUGGAGUCCUACUGUCAGGAGUCCUACUGUCUGGAGUCCUAGUGUCUCGAGUCCUACUGUCUGGAGUCUAUACUGUCUAGUAUUCUACUGUCUGGAGUCCUACUGUCUAGUUUUCUACUGUCUGGAGUCCUACUGUCUGGAGUCCUACUGUCUGGAGUCCUACUGUCUGGAGUCCUACUGUCUGGAGUCCUACUGUUUGGAGUCCUACUGUCUGGAGUCCUACUGUCUGGAGUCUAUACUUUCUGGUAUUCUACUGUCUGGGAGUCCUGCUGCCUGGAGUCCUGCUGUCUGGAGUCCUGCUGUCUGGAGUCCUGCUGUCUGGAGUCCUACUGUCUGGAGUCCUACUGUCUGGAGUCCUACUGUCUGGAGUCCUACUGUCUGGAAAUUUUCAAGUUUUAUGUCCUUUAAAAUUUUCUUUUCUUACGCCAUUUUUCAGAUAUGUCUAGCAUAG